AUGUCUGCCGACCAGAGUCCAAUCUACCCAGACCUGCGCGGCAAAGUCGCGUUGGUGACAGGAAUCGGCCAAGAUGGCCCUGCCGACAAUGAGAAGUGGGGUAACGGCGCUGCCAUCUCCCUCGCUUUAGCGCGCAACGGCGUCAAAGUGUUCGGCUGCGACAUCAACCUGUCGGCGGGCAAGACGACAAAAUCGCGGAUUGAAGCGCUGGUGCCAGACGCUGUGGUUGACGUGGUCACCGCGGACGUUACCCAAUCAUCAGAUGUCGAGCAGUUUGUAAAGGACUGCAUGACCAAGCACGGGCGUGUCGACAUCCUUGUCAACAACGUCGGGCGCAGCGAACGAGGCGGCCCCGCCGAGAUGAGCGAGCAGGUCUGGGAUUCACAGGUCAGCCUCAACCUGAAAAGCGUGUACCUGACGAGUCAUUUCGUUCUUCCCAUCAUGGAGUCCCAGGGGUCCGGCGCCGUCGUCAGCAUCUCCAGUGUUGUGUCGACGCGAUAUGCCGGGAAACCGCAGGUCGCGUACGCGGCGACAAAAGCCGCGGUCACGCAGUUCACCAAGCAUACGGCCGUCAUAUACGCGAAGAAGGGUGUGAGGUUGAACGCCGUGCUGCCGGGCCUGAUGUUCACGCCGCUGGUGCAGACCCUGGCGCACAAGUACGCCGACGGAGAUUACGAGGGCAUGGUGCAGACGAGACACAAUCAGGUGCCCACGGGCCAGAUGGGGACUUCCACGGAUGUGGCCAACGCGGUGGUCUUCCUGUCGAGUAAUUCUGCCGCCGGGUAUAUUACUGGGCAGAAACUAGUGGUCGAUGGAGGCAUAACCUCGAGUACAGGCAGGACUUGA